AUGAGAAAUAUCCCAUUAACAGUAAGAUUUAUCAUUCAACCUAAACGACAAAAUCUCUAUGAAGAAUUUUCUCAACAAGUUUUAUCUUUACAAGAAGACCCGGAAUCGCCAAUCAACUAUCAAUUACCUUCAACCUGGAUACGAUCUACUGAGAAUAAAUUACGUUUUCUAGUGCCUUAUAAUUCUGAUGAAUACACUUCAAUGGUUAAUUGUUUUGAUCAGACAAUGAAAGGAAUAUAUACUUCGAUAAUUCGAAUUGAACGAAUUCAAAAUCAACGAUGGUUUCUACAGUAUCAAGUACAUAGACAAGAAUUCAAUAAACGACUGGCUAUAGAUACGGAAAGACUUUUGUAUCAUGGAUGUUCUCAAUCCGCAGCGAAUUUAAUUAUUGAAGAUUGUUUCAAUCGAAGUUUUGCUGGAGCACAUGGAACAACAUACGGUAUCGGUAUGUAUUUUUCGUCGGAUGCAUCCUACAGUGAUAACUUUACUGAAGUCAAUUCGAAUGGAGAACGAUGUAUGUUUGUAGCUCGUGUAUUGGUAGGGAACACAACUCAAGGAAAUCGUUCAAUAAAAACUCGACCGGUUGGAUUCGAUUCGACAACGGAUGGAAAACAUAUUUUCGUCAUUUAUCAUGAUGCACAAGCUUAUGCCGAUUAUUUAAUUACGUAUAAAUAG